ACUGUCACAGGGCAAACAAAUCAUCUGCUACUACAGACCGAAUUACUCUAAAUCUAAUCAACCAAAUCAGGUAAAUGUGCAACUGUCACUGGAUAAAUUGCCUCUUGGAAAAAGCCUUGUUUUUGCUGAACAGAAAGUCUUUUCACAGCAGUCAUAUAAACAGCAUCUCGAUACAUUAUGUCAAAUGUUAAGAGUAAAGAGGUAACUAAAUAUUUUGAAGAAAAAAAAAUAUACAGGAUAUAUAUGAGAAAAAAAUAUAUAGUACAGUAUUUGGAUUAAUACUUUUCCCUUCUUUAGGAACAUUCCCAUAAGUAAUAAGGAAAAAGUUAAUUAGUGAAAACAUCUAUGGGGAAAGAAAUUUAGGAGUUAAAGUGAAAAUAAUUUAUGUUAUAUUUUCACAUAAAUUGGGUGGCCAGAUUGAAAGGCCAUACUGUAUUUUACAUACUGUGAUGAUGUAAUAAAAAGGUGGCAAACUGAUAUCAACUGCUGUGAAAAAUGAUAAAUGAUAAUCUGAAAGACAAAAAUAAAUACCGUUGUCUUUAUCUGAAAGUAAGAAAGAAAGAAAGAAAGAAAGAAAGAAAAGAAAAUUAUUGGGACACUUUUAUCCAAAAAAGGACUUGUGGCCAGAGACAUUUUCAAAAUUGCAGUUAAACAUUCCCCUGUGUAUUUAGUAUUUGUGGACAAAUGUUUGUAAAUAAUUUGCUCCAUAAAUGGCAUUUGUAGGAAGUCAUUAUCUGACAUGUCUGGAAAUUGAGCCCUGAGCAAUUCUGACGCACUGUCUAAGCCCUUGACAGGAAACCAGCAACACAUCACACCCUUCAAUGUAAACUCCUAACUUGGCAGUUAUUUGUCUUUGAGUAAUCCUCAAAAGAGUCACUUGCGUCUAUUUGAAUGAACAAAGUUUACUGGAAAAGCUUUCAAACAUGUGGAGAGAUUUUGUGCUACUGCUAUUACCGUUACUGUUUGAGGACUCCCUUCAAGAUUCAGAAAAAAAAGAUUCCAUAAUCAAAUUUCCAAACAAACCACCUCACCCAAAAACAUAUUCUGGAACAAUAGUCCUUAACACAUCCUUGCAGCUGCCUGUGAUAAACGUCAGUGUCAAUGUCAUCCGUCACACCACUGGAAUUGUCAGCACUAGGAUCAUUCCGUCUGCGUUCAUCCUAGCCCUCCUCAUCGGGAUCCCCUCUAAUGUCUAUGUGUUAACCCGCCUCAGAGGAAGAAAGAAUCUUUCCAGCGGUAUCCUAUAUUUUAGCCUAGCUGCUUCAGACCUUCUCUUGCUGCUUUCCCUCACGCUCAGAGUCCACUAUCACCUCAAUAACAAUCACUGGAUCUUUGGAGAGCUCGUCUGCAAGGUGGUGAUCGCCUGCUUUUAUGGGAACCUCUACUGCUCGAUCCAUGCACAUAUGUGCAUUAGUGUGAUGCGCUACUUCGCAGUGGUCCACCCGUUCCUCUACAAGACAAUGGAAAAGCACUAUGCGAUCUGCACCAGUUUAUCUAUUUGGACAGUUUUUGCUAUUGCGAUGAUACCCGAGUUUAUGGUUCAGCAAAGCUACGAAGUUCUUGAACGCAAGCUGGUGUCGUGUCAUGAUAUCCAGUCCUAUGAAAAAGCUUUCGACCGAGCUUUGAUUUCAUACAGACUGAGUUUGAUCAGCCUGGGGUUCAUCCUGCCAUCGCUGGUCAUCACAUUUGUUUACGGAUCCAUCAUCUAUCAUCUAAAUCACUCCAGUUGUGACUGGAAACACUAUAUAAAGGCCAGCACGUUGGUGUUUGGGAUCUUUUUAGUGUGCUUUGCCCCAUGCAAUGCACUUCUUUUUGCACACUAUGUGAAGCUGUACACUCUGCAGCAGCAUGACUUGUAUUAUUACUACAAAGCAGCCGUAUGUCUGUGUUCUUUCCAUAGCUGUCUGGACCCUUUCCUCUCAUAUCUCCUCACAAAAACGUCAACUUCCCAAGUCACGUUUAGAUCCUUUAGCUCUAGAGCUUUGUCCAUGAGUUGAGUUCUUUUAAAUAGUAGGAAGUUUUUGUUGUGGCCUGCGGGGGGGUCCUUCCUUAUCUAAAUGGCUUCACAGUGGGUUGAGGAUGUUAUG